AAAAAAAACAAAACCCGUUCCAUGUUGCUUAAACCCUAAUUUCACUCUCUCCACUGAUUCAAUUUCGAAGAAGAAAACUUGAAAGUAAGAGAGACACUCACAAUCGCAUCAAUGUCAGACAACGAUUCCGACGCCCCUGAGGAAUUCACAGCCGAACAGGGUAUUCAACUUGACGAAGAGAUUCGAAAGAUUAAAAGAGAAAACACAAUUAGGGUUAAUACGGAAGAGAAAGAACGCCGCAGGAAAUGGGCUCAAAAGUUAACACCUAAACCAUCCAAAGCUGCUAAAAAAUCUGUAUCAAUAACUGAACCCGAGAAUGAACCAAACGACGAUGCAGGAGUUCUGCCCGAAAGCAUUGUCCAACGAAACAAAGCCGUAGGAUUUCUUCCCAAAAACAUUGUUGAAAUGCUGGCUGCCCGCGAGAAACUUGUUUCCUUAACUGACACUAAUAAGGAGGGAGAUGAAAUAAAGCCUACAACUUCAAAGAAGAGAAAAUCCAAGGAUUCGGGUUUUGAACCUCGUAUAUUGAGCGAGUUAGGUCCUCCUCCUUGCUUAAAGAGUGCCUUAGAUUUCUUGAAAGAAAGAAAAAUGGCAGUUCCGAGAUCGUCUGCUGUUUUGAAGAAUUCCAACUGCCAGAAAUGAGGAUUUUUAUGUCCUUAUAAAUUUAUAGAUUAUUUUGGCCAAGGUGAGGUGCUAAUGUUGCAAAAUUUAUGUUUAACCUGUCAGCUUUGCUGCUUCUGUCGGUCUACUGGACUGAAUAUUGUAAGAUGUCAUCAAUGUUAGUUGGAGUUAAUUAUGCUCAAGUUUUAUGUACAACAAGUAGAUUAAACUUGGACAAUUUAGUUAUAUUGUUAUCAUUAAGUUAUUUGGUGGUUUUCUUAA